CUUCUUUCCCCGCAACCCCCAGCCGUUUUGGAGUCUCUUAACCUUCACCAUGAAACUCCCCAAGGGGGCCAGGAACUGUGUGUUCUACGCACAGCACCCGGAGAAGAGAGAAGAGAUGCCCUCAUGGAAGGAAAUAAAGCAGACCCCUGUUGUCAUGGCCACAAUCAAAGGUCCAGGGCCUGCCAAGUACCUCCGGCCAUCCUGUACCGGCUACAUAGCCCACGACACCUCCAUGUUUCAGGAGCCAGCUUACAGCCUGCACAGGCGGCACACUGAGAAACGGAUCGUAGACAUAUGCAGUCCCGGGCCUUGCUAUUUCUUGGAUCCUAAAGCAACUCGCUUUGGAAUAUCUACCUGCCCUCAGGUACCCAUGGAGGAGCGCAUCUCCAACUUACGCCUAAGCACCACCCCAGCCCCCUGCCACUACAACCUUGAGAAGACUCGCCCCCCUGGCGAACGUACGGCUCCCCAGUACACGUUUGGCCACCGGUGUCCAUACAGAGUGAUGGAUCCCAACCCAGCCUCCAACAAGUACCAGCUGCCACACUCGCUGGGGCCCAACAUCCCUGUCUUACCAGCUGCCCCCUGCUAUAGUCUGGGUUCCUCAAGCAAGAAUUGGUUCUACAAAGAGGAUAUAGCAGGAGGCCCUGGACCUGCUAUGCAUGCCCGACCUGAGCCGUCAGUCUAUCAGAACCGCAGCCCCAUGUAUAGCGUGGCCAAGCGCUUUUCCUAUCCACUGGACCACACACUUCGGCCUGGCCCUGGCUCCCACAAUGUCCAGCCGGUCACUGUGCACAAGCCCCGCAUACCCGCCUUCACCAUGGGCAUCAAACACUCGCCCCACUUGUGCCCACUGAUUGUGGACAUUCUCGACUGAGGCCACUGCUGGUGCAUGCCCCUUCCUCCUCACAGAUGCCAUUUUUUCAGUACCAUAUUGAGCGACAUGAUCAUGGAUUCCUGUAGCAGAGCUGGGGUCUGCUGAGUGGCCAGCAC